CAUAAUCCUAACAACAUUCUCAAUUUCAUUAUUUUUAAUGACCUGAACUCAGUAUACAGAUUGUUUAAUUAUUUUUUCAGAAAUAAUCAUCUUUCUGAAGUACAUAGUCGGAAGCUAGGCCUCAAAGUUCUUAGUAGUUCAUUUGAUAAAAUGUUUGUAGUUGAGAAUUAUGUAUUGUAUAAAUUGAGGCAACCUUUUCUUUUCUAAUUCGUUUCGAAGUUAUAUAGUAAAAUGCAGCUCAAGAUUAAUUUAUAUUUAUAUAUUGACUGAAUACAAAUAUGUGAGUCGACUCAAAAUGAGCAACUCUCGACUAUUUAAAAAGUAUGGCGAAAUAUGUGCUACACAUCCAUGGGAAGUGAUAGUAGCUGUGCUAACAUUAACUACAAUUUUUUUAACUGUCGACCAUCGUCAACAACCUCUAAUAACCAAAGAAUCAAAAGACUGUCCAGGAUGUUACGAAGACCAGUUUCAUGCAGCAGAUGUUAUUGUUAUGACAAUAAUAAGAUGCCUUGCUAUCCUUUAUACCUACCAUCAAUUCAGAAAUCUACACAAAAUGGGCUCCAAAUAUAUUUUGGGAUUUGCAGGAUUGUUUACAGUUUUCUCCAGUUUUGUAUUCACAUCCACCGUGAUGAAUUUUUUGCAUGUGCAAUUAGCUGAUUUGAAGGAUGCCCUUUUCUUCUUUCUGUUAUUGAUUGACUUAAAUAAAGCUGCCACUCUUGCUCAGUUUGCCCUAACUGCCUCGAAUCAAGAAGAAAUCACUGAACAGAUUGCUAGAGGAAUGUCUAUUCUUGGCCCUUCAAUGACCUUAAAUACAGUUGUAGAAACUUUAGUAAUUGGUGUUGGUACAUUAUCUGGCGUACCUCGCUUAGAAAAAAUAUCAUACUUUGCUUGCUUCUCUGUGAUAGUUAACUAUGUUAUAUUAAUGACUUUCUAUCCAUCAUUUUUAUCUCUGAUAUUAGAAUUAACCAAAACAACUAAUGUCUAUGGUGAAAGACGCAGCAUUGUAUCUCAAAUGUUGAAAGAGGAAAAGGACAAGUCCAAUCCAGCAGUUCAACGAGUAAAGUUAAUAAUGUCUUUUGGAUUAUUAACUGUCCAUGUACUUAGCAGGUGGUCAAUAUUUGGUACAGAUACCCCCCCAGAAUUUAAGAAAAUAGAAAAUUUCGAGGAACCUUCAUCCUUAUAUUCACUUAUAAUGAAACAGUUUGUGAUGAGUGCAGAUCACAUUGUGAUUCUCAUUUUGUUGGUCACAUUAAUGAUAAAAUUUAUAUUUUUUGAAUCAAGCGAUUUCUCUUAUGAAAGAGUGGAAGAGACUCCAACUGACUGUUUAAAAAGAAAUGAAACAAAACCAUCACAGUCUUUGGAAGUCCUCAGGCCUAAAAUUGAGAGGCAGAGAUCUAUCUCUAAUAGUACUUCUGUUAGUUGUGGUGAGAAUGAAUUCCAUUCAGAAGAUUCUUGUAGAAAUUUGGAGUUUUGCUUGCAAUUAUAUAGAUCUAAAGAUGGAUGCGCUGAUUUGACUGAUAAAGAAAUUAUGUUACUAGUGGAUACUAAGCAUAUACCUCCUUAUAAUUUAGAAAAGACUCUAAACGAUUUAGAGAGAGGGGUCUCAAUAAGAAGAAAGAUGUUAGAAAAGUCUCUUGGUAUAUCUAAAUUAGAAAAUCUUCCAUAUAAGAAGUAUGACUAUAGUGCAGUACUAGGAAGCUGUUGUGAAAAUGUAGUUGGAUAUGUUCCAGUACCUUUAGGUAUUGCUGGUCCAUUGAAUGUGGAUGGGAAAAUGUAUUACAUUCCAAUGGCGACUACCGAAGGAUGUUUAGUAGCAAGUACCAAUAGAGGAUGUAGAGCUGUUGAGCAGUGUGGUGUACGAAGUACUAUUAUAGCAGAUGGAAUGACAAGAGGACCUGUUGUUCGAUUUCCUUCCAUGACUAAAGCAUCAGAACUUAUUAUGUGGAUAGAAAAAACGGAAAACUUUGACAAGAUUAAAAUACAGUUUGACUCAACAAGCAGAUUUGCCAAACUGUCUAAAAUAUCAACUAGAAUAGCUGGCAGAUAUGUGUUUCUCAGGUUUGUUGCUCAAACUGGAGAUGCUAUGGGUAUGAAUAUGUUGUCCAAAGGUACUGAAAAAGCCCUGAACUAUCUUCAUGAUUUUUUUACUGACAUGGAAAUUUUGAGUCUGAGUGGAAAUUAUUGUACUGAUAAGAAACCCUCUGCGGUCAACUGGAUUGAGGGUAGAGGAAAAUCUGUUGCGUGUGAAGCAAUAAUUCCUGCUGAAACUGUUUUAUCUACAUUGAAAUGUACAACAAGCCAUCUUAUUGAUUUGAACUUAUCUAAAAAUAUGAUAGGAUCUGCAGUGGCUGGAAGUAUAGGUGGUUUCAAUGCACAUGCCGCUAAUGUUGUUACAGCAAUUUUUAUUGCAACUGGUCAAGAUCCUGCUCAAAAUGUUACUAGUAGUAAUUGUAUAACCAUAAUGGAACCCUGGGGACCUGAAGGAAAAGACUUGCAUAUUUCAUGCACAAUGCCAUCAAUAGAAAUUGGUACAAUUGGAGGAGGUACCAUUCUUCCAGCUCAGUCUUCAUGUUUAGAAAUGUUAGGAGUUAAAGGUCCUCAUCAGGAAUUGCCUGGUAAUAAUGCAAAGCAGUUGGCCAAAAUUGUAUGUGCUGCGGUUCUUGUUGGCGAAUUAUCACUAAUGGCUGCCCUAGCAACCGGACAUCUAGUCAAAAGUCAUCUCAAAUAUAAUAGAUCAUAUUCUGAAAAAGACACAUGUGACCAAAGUAAAUAAAUUUUUUGCCUAAUCUUGA